AUGGACGAGCGCCGAGAAUCGAUUGUCGGCAUACUUUUACGAACAAUAGAAAAGGAAAUACUCGAAGUGAACGAUUUAGUGCGUAAGAACGUCGAGUUUAAAGAGCCUCGGUGCAACGGCAGUUUGGAACGAGUUUUCCGGAACAGAUUGGAUUUGUUUUUCGGCGUUCCAAGGGAAGUGUUGACGUCCGGCAUGGACUUGACGAACGCGGACAUGACGGUUUUGAACGAGUUCUUCCGACCUUACCAUGCAGCCCUAUCACCGUGUCCGACACGUGCGAAUGCCGACCACGAAGGAGCGGUGAACGGCUCGAGGGAUAGUCCCCGUGGUUCGCCGUUGCUGAAAACGAGGAAGUCGCUGAAAACGAAUCGCGCGAUCACGUCACGUCCGAACGGUCCAAGAAUCCGUCCGAACGGUCAAAGCCCAAGUGGUCGUCCGGCCGGUCGUACACGUACUCGGGUCAGCAGCAGCAGCAGUGAUAAAGGUGGAAGCGGUAGAACAAGUAACAGCAGUACGGCCGUAACAGUCGGAGGAGUUAACGUGAUGCAUUCCACGGCGGGUUCUCGGAUGUCGUUGUCGUUGAUCGGCGACCCCGACUGCGGCGGCGUUGACCUGACCGCGAGGGUACCGGUUGUGCCUCGGUCGUUGACGGGUCCGCAACGUAACGGACGGUCAGAGUCAGCUGCACGCGCGGGCCUUGGCGGUCUUGUCGGUCCGGUGGCGGACGUCGGUACGGAUAAUGCUUCCCGCGACGACAGACCCAACGACGUGGUCCCGGACGGACCGGACGUCCAUCGGGCUGACUGCGCACGACAGGAUGUGCUACCGGAAGGACUGGACGGCGGGCGUACGGUUUUAACGCCGGAAACGGCGGGCGCGGGAUCGAGAGCCAAUCGAUCCUGCAGCGGCCCGAAAACCAAAGGCCGUGCGGACGCCGAUGGCGGGCGCAUCGUUGCGGCGAACGACAAAAGCCCACGCAGCAGCACUGGAAACGAUCGGUGCGUUGUUGCCUUUAGCACCAGAACGGAGUCGAAAGCGUUCGCGGCUACGAAGGAGUUAUUUGGCAACUCCGCCGCGGCCGCUGCACCUUUCGACGAACCACGUAGUCCGACGACCGUCCACAGCGGUGGCGAAAACAUAGAGAAAUCUGAUGAUGUAUCACGUGAAAAAUAUCAUGUUGAAAAUAAAAAUUUGAUUCAAGCUGUCCAAGAAACAAAUAAGAGGGAACAUUUUGAUGCUCGUAAAAAUGACAUUGCUUUGUUUAUUAAACGUGAUUUAUUAUCAGACGAAGAAAAAAAUACUGUAAGCUUUUCGAAUGCUAAUGCCUUAUGUCAGAUUUAG